GGAGAACCAAACACUGCUUCAAGGACCAGGAGGUAUUCAUCAUUUCAUGUCCAUCAGCUGUGAGGACAGAGGGAACUACUACUGCAGGUCUGAGAAUCCACAUGGACAGAUCAACUCUUCAUCUCUAUUUAUAGAUGUCCAGUAUGGUCCAAAGCUUCCCUCUGUGUCAGUGAGUCCCUCUGCUGAGAUAGUGGAGGGCAGUUCAGUGACUCUGACCUGUAGCAGUGAUGCUAACCCAGCAGCUAACUACACCUGGUACAAGGAGAAUGAAGACUCACCAAAAGCAUCAGGACAGAUCUUCACCAUCACAGACUUCAGAGCUGAACACAGUGGGAAUUAUUACUGUGAAGCCCAGAACAGAAGAGGACGUCAGAACUCCACCUUACAUCUGACUGUUGUAGUAGGUACAUCCAGAUCACACGCUGGAAUACUGCUCACUUUUGUCCUGUUCGUCGUCGUCCUCUCUGUCUACCUAGGGAUUAGAAGAUACAGGUUGCCCAAUCAACGGUGUGAGCUCAGGCAGAAACUAAACACCAUCGCACAGGUAAGAAGAGUUCAGUGGUCCAGACUGAAAUAUCUCACAAACUACUGGGUGGAUUGGAAAUGA